UGCGAGUGAAACUUGGAAAGGGCACUGUCGUGUCUGUUAAGUAACUGUCUUAUCAUCCAUUCCCGGGGGACUACCCGUUAAACGGUUGAGAUCCAGGAUGCCGUAUGUACUCGUUAGUACUCAGAUCCGGCUGGAGACUGGGCCAACCAUGGUAGGAGAUGUAUACUCUGACCCAGCAAUAAUGAACUACCUGGGAGCCAGGAAAACCACCAUGCUGGGGAACAAUUUCUCGGAGUACCACGUGGACGAACCUCCGCGGUUGGUGUUGGACAAGUUGGAGAAGAUUGGCUUCCGCAUGGUGACGAUGACAGGCGUGGGACAAACGCUGGUGUGGUGCAUGCACAAGGAGACUGAGUGACCUGACUGUGGAUCAAUGACACUGAUAGUGUGUCUUGGGCCACAAGGUUGUGGUGGUAGUGUUCUGUCCAAUGAGGAGCCAGAGCUAAAACCUAUAUUGUACGUAUUACAUCACAAAUCAAGGAUGGAUUCUAUACAUUCAUUUUGCUACUGUUCUUUGUGAUGUAAUGGUCCUUUGUCUUCCAUUUUUUUUAGCAAUGGGUGCAGAUUACUGAAUUUUGAAUGAUCAAUUCUCCAGCUCGUUAUUUGCCCCGUUAGCAAAUGUGUGAAUUUGUAUAAUGACACUACUUGUCCAAAAUCUUUUGUACUCUUUCAAACUCACUCCAAUGUGAUGGAGCAGCUACCAAAUGUGUGUAGUGGCUUGUUCAUAAUCUAUCAUAGCAAUGGGUUUACAGACUUCAGGGAAAUAGGACGAUGUCAAGAAAAGUACAUUCCAGAGAGGAUUACAGCACAAAUGACCAAAUCCUCAAGAUUAAUUUUCCAUGAGUAUGGAAUGUAGUUCACUUCAUUACUAACUGAAUCUGAAUGUCAAGAGUAUGAUGAUGAAUCAGUUCCAAAGUUUUACAUUGCCUUUAGGCCAAGCAAAUAUUACUUUUACUAGCAUGCAAAUAUUCCUCUACCCUGAAUCCUAUUCCAUUUUCUCACAUGCUCUGUAAACAGAUGUAGAUUUAAGUGAACUGCUUAAAUAUGGGCCAUUCCCAACAAUGCAGAGAGAAAGAAAAUAACACGUAAUAAAUACACAAUGAGUAAUAAUAACUUGGAUAUAUACACGGGGUACCAGUACAGAGACAAUGUACAGGGUUAUGAGGUAGAUAUGUACAUAUAACUAAGAAAUAAGUGACAGAUAAAACUGUCAAAAGUUGGUGCAAAAGGGAGCUAUUGAUGUAGUGAGAAUGUUAGUUUUCAUAUCAUUGGUAAUAUAAUUAGAUGCAUGUGAAGAAAUUAUAAUAAAGGUGAUUUGAUGUAAUUUG